GCUGGAGAGAGCGAGAGCAAAGAGCGAGAGCCAGGGAGAGGAGAGGGAGGGAGACGAGAGAAAGACACACGCACGCAGAUACACACGGUCACUGGAAUUCCAUUAGAAAAAAGUGAGACGAGCAAGGGUUAGCGGGAGAAGAUUUUUUUUUGUUUGAAUCUUUUCUUCGUCUUGGUGCGAAAGAAGCGACUCCGGGCUCUCGUCCUCGAAGCUCCCACCGGAUUGUUCCUUGGCGCUAACACCCGUCGGUGGAUUUCUCUAUUUGCAUUUUAUUCUGACCCCCACCCUUGCUGCUUCCUUCCAGCCCUUCACUCUCAAAUCGCCUCUCCCCCACCUCCCCAGUCCGCUCCUGGGAAGCGCAGGGGAAUUGGACCCGCGGAGACUCGCGCCUUUCCGGAGCAGCGGAGGGGAGGACAGAGCGACGACCGGGCUCUCGGCUUGUAAAGCAGAUAUAUCCUCACAUACGUGUAUAUUUCAUUUUAGUGGGCAAGAAGGGCGUCGAGAGGCAGCCCACCGCCCUCCUUACCCCCCACCCCAGAGGCGAGAAUCGCAGGACUCGGGAUCUUCAUCGGGUGGACUAGCUUGGGAUCUCCGCAUUGGAUUUGGGGCUGAUUAUCACUGCUUGGCUAUUAUUAUUGUUGUUGUUAUUAUUAUUUUUUUUACCCAAGGGAGAAAGAAAAAAAAACACAAAAAACUGUGGGAUUUAUUUAACAUGAUCUUGGCAAACGUCUUCUGCCUCCUCUUCUUUUUAGACGAGACCCUCCGCUCUUUGGCCAGCCCUUCCUCCCUGCAGGGCCCCGAGCUCCACGGCUGGCGCCCCCCAGUGGACUGCGUCCGGGCCAAUGAGCUGUGCGCCGCGGAAUCCAACUGCAGCUCCCGCUACCGCACGCUGCGGCAGUGCCUGGCAGGCCGGGACCGCAACACCAUGCUGGCCAACAAGGAGUGCCAGGCGGCCCUGGAGGUCCUGCAGGAGAGCCCUCUCUACGACUGCCGCUGCAAGCGGGGCAUGAAGAGGGAGCUGCAGUGCUUGCAGAUCUACUGGAGUAUCCACCUGGGGCUGACCGAGGGUGAAGAGUUCUAUGAAGCCUCACCCUAUGAGCCGGUGACCUCCCGCCUCUCAGAUAUCUUCAGGCUUGCUUCAAUCUUCUCAGGGACAGGGGCAGACCCGGUGGCCAGUGCCAAGAGCAACCACUGCCUGGAUGCCGCCAAGGCCUGCAACCUGAACGACAACUGCAAGAAGCUGCGCUCCUCCUACAUCUCCAUCUGCAACCGCGAGAUCUCUCCCGCGGAGCGCUGCAACCGCCGCAAGUGCCACAAGGCCCUGCGCCAGUUCUUCGACCGCGUGCCGGGCGAGUACACCUACCGCAUGCUCUUCUGCUCCUGCCGAGACCGGGCAUGCGCCGAGCGCCGCCGGCAGACCAUCCUGCCCAGCUGCUCCUACGAGGACAAGGAGAAGCCCAACUGCCUGGAUCUCCGCGGCGUGUGCCGCACCGACCACCUGUGCCGGUCCCGGCUGGCAGACUUCCACGCCAAUUGUCGUGCCUCCUACCAGACGCUCACCAGCUGCCCUGCCGACAAUUACCAGGCGUGUCUGGGCUCCUACGCUGGCAUGAUUGGGUUUGAUAUGACACCCAACUACGUGGACUCCAACCCCACUGGCAUCGUGGUGUCCCCCUGGUGCAGUUGUCGUGGGAGUGGGAACAUGGAGGAGGAGUGUGAGAAGUUCCUGAGGGACUUCACCGAGAACCCGUGCCUCCGGAAUGCCAUCCAGGCCUUUGGCAACGGCACGGAUGUGAACCUCUCCCCUAAAAGCCCCUCAUUCCAGGCCACGCAGGCCCCUCGGGUGGAGAAAACACCUUCUUUGCCAGAUGACCUCAGUGAUAGCACCAGCCUGGGGACCAGCGUCAUCACCACCUGCACAUCUGUCCAGGAACAGGGGCUAAAACCCAAUAACUCCAAAGAGUUAAGCAUGUGCUUCACAGAGCUCACGACCAAUAUCAUCCCAGGGAGUAACAAGGUGAUCAAACCUAACUCAGGCCCCCGCAGAGCCAGACCGUCGGCUGCCUUGACCGCUGUCUCCUUCCUGAUGCUGAAGCUGGCCUUGUAGGCUCUGGGACCCAUGUCGAGGGAUUUCCGGAAACUACGCAGAUGAGAACACCCGCCUGGCAACAUGGAAACACACACACACACACACACACACACACACACACACACACACACAUCUUGCAAAAAAAAUUUUUCCCCACCUUGUCUCUGAACCUGUCUCCUCCCAGAUUUCUUCUCUGGAGAAGUUUUUCUAAACCAAACAGACAAGUAGGCGGGCAGCCUGAGAGCUGGCCCAGAGGUCCCUCGGCAAGGGAAACCCAGUGCUGAGGAGGGUGCAAGGGUCUAGAAAUGCCCUUCGUUUUCUCCUGGUGUUUUCUUCUCUGGACCUCGCUGACAUAAAAGACCAAGAUGACAUCCCUGUGGCCUGAGGGACUGGAACUGUGCUGAUGUGAACUGGGGCCAGGGAUCCCCACUGGUGGCUUGGCAGAGGGCAUCGGGCAGCAAAGCAGCCAGGCUGGCUGCUGGGGUUCCAGCUGGGCACCUCAGCACCUCCACUCGGUUUCGAGCAUGGAGUUUGUUUUGUGCUCUCUGUCUGCAUCUGAACUGAGAACCCCCAGUGAUGCCUGUGGAGGGUGUGGUACCAGGCCCUCCGACUGUGGUAUGGAGGGAGUACUGGGGCCAGCUCCAGGGGGCUUGGGAGCUCAGCCCUCUGGGGACAUCCCCUUGGGCAGAGGGAGCAAAGCUUGGGCACCAGCUCAAGGAUGCUGCUUCCUGCUUGGUGGCAGGAAUUUUGAAAUCAAAGAGAAAUGAUCCGUCAUUGGCUCUUUUGGUUUCUUGUGGGUUCAUUUGGUGGGUCUCCCACCAGGGAGAGGGGCAGAGAAGAACAUGGCGGGACACCUGCUGGCACUGUGCUUCACUGGCCGCAGCUCUCUCCUCCUCUCGGCCCCCUGUUCCUCUUUUCCCACAUUCUCUCCUCAUUUCCCAGACAAGCGCCAACUGUAUGUACAUAAUACGACUCCUUUCUCAACAUAUAUGUAUAUAUAGAUCCAUAUACAUAUAUUGUGUGGUUUCCCCUUUUUUCCUUUUUUUAAGAAACAAAACUAUCGAAAUAAUACCCCAACAGAUGAGCGAAAAUGUAUUAUUGUAAAGUUUAUUUUUUUUAACAAUGUUGUCUAUAAUGGGAAAAAAAGGAGAUUGACUCCCUGUGUCUCUGCCUCUGUCAGGCUGACUGGGCUGUGGAAGGGGGUUCCUGAUCCGUAUUCAUACUUAGCCAAGGCUCCAAUAAACAUACUAGGAAGCAAUUUGC